AUGAAACUCACCAACUCAAUCACCAUCACCACCCUGGCACUCGCUUCCACAGCAUCCGCCGACGUCAAAGGCUUCGACGUGUCCAACAACCAAGAGUCCGUAGACUUCAACAAAGCCUACGCCGACGGCGCUCGUUUUGUCAUCAUCAAGGCCACACAAGGCACCGACUUCAUCGACCCCAAGUUCAACAAGUACUACACCGAUGCCACCAACGCGAAGCUCAUCCGCGGUCCCUACCACUUCGCCGAGCCCGGUAACGGCAAAGGCGCCGACCAGGCCAACUACUUUCUCCAGCACGGGGGCAAGUGGUCCAACGACGGCAUCACCCUCCCAGGGAUGAUUGACCUGGAGGCUCUCAAGAAUCACCCAACUUGCUUUGGUCUAUCCCCAGCAGACAUGACGGCGUGGAUUACCGACUUUGCAGAGACGUACCACACGGCUACGAGCCGAUAUCCCAUGAUUUAUACAAACCGUGGGUGGUGGCAGUCCUGUACGGGUGACAGUAAUGCUUUGAAGGAUAAGUGUCCGCUUGUGUUGGCGAGUUGGGGUUCUGAGCCGGGUGCUAUUCCGGGUGGUUGGGGCCAGCUUACGAUUUGGCAGUAUAGUAAUUCUAGUGCUUGGGGUGGUGAUGCUGAUUCAUUUAAUGGGGAUGAGACGCAGCUUAAGAAACUUGCUACUGGGUGA